GAGGCCGGCGAGCGCCAGAUCUACCACCGCUACUGCCUGGAGAGGGCGGCCGUGCACUCGGCGCACGUGUUCACCACCGUAUCGGACAUAACGGCGCUCGAGGCCGAGCACCUCCUGAAACGGAAGGCCUGUAUAGUGACACCCAAUGGCCUGAACGUGAAGAGCUCUGUCGCGAGCCAUGAGUUCCAGAACUUGCAUACAAUGGCCAAAGAGAAGAUCCAUGACUUCGUUAGGGGACACUUCUUCGGUCACUACGACUUUGAUCUCAACAAAACCCUCUACUUCUUCAUCAGCGGCCGCUACGAGUUCGGCAAUAAGGGCGUCGACAUCUUCAUCGAGUCGUUGGCCCGACUCAACCACUACCUGAAGGUGGCGGACAGUGAUAUGACGGUUGUGGCCUUUUUCAUAUUCCCCGCCCACACCAACAGCCUCAACAUAGACUCCCUGAGGGGUCAGGCGGUCGCCAAACAACUCCGGGAGACGAUAGCCGACGUGCAGACGAGGGUCGGGAAGCGUAUGUUCGAGAAGUGUCUGAGCGGUCGGGUGCCGGAGCUGUCGGAGCUCAUCAAACCGCAGGACAUCGUGAAGCUGAAGCGCUGCGUCUACGCGAGUCAACGCUCAUCCCUACCCCCUGUCAGCACCCAUAACAUGGUGGACGACUCGGCCGACCCGGUGCUCAGUCACAUCCGGCGCACCAAACUGUUCAACGAUCGCAGCGAUCGCGUGAAAGUCAUAUUUCACGCGGAGUUCCUCUCGUCUACCAGCCCUCUGUUCGCCAUCGAGUACGAGGAGUUUGUUCGGGGUUGCAAUUUAGGUGUCUUUCCCUCGUACUACGAGCCCUGGGGCUACACACCGGCCGAGUGCACCGUUAUGGGCAUACCCUCCGUCACCACCAAUCUGUCGGGCUUUGGCUGCUUUAUGGCCGAACACGUGGCCGACCCCAUUAGUUACGGCAUAUACAUAGUGGACAGACGGUUCAAGUCGUGCGAGGAGUCCAUCCAAGAGUUGGCGCAAUACAUGUACGACUUCACGACACUAUCGCACCGGCAGAGAGUCAUCCAACGCAACCGUACGGAGCGUCUGAACGAUUUGCUCGACUGGAAGAACCUGAGCGCCUACUAUAGGGUGGCCCGCGGGCUGGCCUUCCAUCGGCUACAUCCCGACGCUCUCGUCGAUGAGGUGACCACUAAUACCAUUACAGACCUGGUUUUCCCGCGACCCAUCUCCGAGGCCACCACAAGUGUUUAUGGAGAUAAUGGCAGUGAGUUUGGUAACCCGGCUGAUGAGGACUUUGAUGAGGUCGACACUACCAGUGAUCCCGACCAUACAAAUGCUAAUCAUUAUCCU